CAUUGUAUUAGUGUAUCAUUUAACUAUUCUCUUUAUCUUGAUGUUUCUUUUCCUAUUUCAGAAUAUCACCUUAUGUUGACCCACAAGAAACUUCUUCAUUCAGAUGUGCCUUUCAUAUUUUGAUGUCGUUUCAUCAACUAAAGCAAGAUGACAUAAUUUAUCAGCAGCAUUCAUCAAUACAUCAAAAUUUAUAUGAAUACAAUCUAAGAAUACAAUAUUUUUCUUGUCUUCACUGUUUGGAAUGUAGACGAAGUGAUUGCCUUACAGGUUAAUUAAGGUUGGAUACCUUUACAAACGAGUUGACAAUUUCCACCUGCUGAUAUAGAUAUUAAUUAAGAUCACAGAAGAAAGAAACACAGCUUCAAAUUCUUUUCUGGAAAUAGUUGCAGAACUGAAAACAAAGAUGUUUAUAGAGAUGAAGGAAACAUUAUUAUUGUGAUAUGUAUAAUAAAUUAUUCUCUCACAAUGAAUAAAUUAACUGAAGCCAAAAACGAUGAUACAAGAGUGAAGCAAUGUUUCUGUGAUGUUUGUGGUAAAUCAUUCGCUUAUAAUAGUCAGUUGACUAGUCACAGACGUAUCCAUACAGGAGAAAAGCCAUAUCAAUGUGAUAUCUGUGGUAAAUCAUUCGCUCAAAGGAUUACCUUGACUCUGCACAAGCGUACACAUACAGGAGAAAAGCCAUAUCAAUGCGAUAUCUGUGCUAAAUCAUUCAUUAGAAGGAUUUACUUGACUUGGCACAAACAUUCACAUACAGGAGAAAAGCCAUAUUAUUGUGAUAUCUGUGGUAAAUCAUUCUCUCAAAGGAGUAGCUUCACUGUUCAUAAACGAAGACAUUCAGGUGUAAAGCCAUAUCAGUGUGAUAUUUGUUGUAAAUCAUUCCCUCAAAGGUGUGAUUUGACUAAGCACAAGCGUACACAUACAGGAGAAAAGCCUUAUCAUUGUGAUAUCUGUGGUAAAUCAUUCUCUCUAAAGAAUAUCUUGGCUGAACACAAGCAUACACAUACAGGAGAAAAGCCAUAUCAUUGUGAUAUCUGUGGUAAAUCAUUCUCUCAAAGGAGUAGCUUCACUGUUCAUAAACGAAGACAUACAGGUGUAAAGCCAUAUCAGUGUGAUAUUUGUUGUAAAUCAUUCCCUCAAAGGUGUGAUUUGACUAAGCACAAGCGUACACAUACGGGAGAAAAGCCAUAUCAUUGUGAAAUCUGUGGUAAAUCAUUCUCUCAAAGGACUAGCUUGACUAAACACAAACGCACACAUACGGGAGAAAAGCCACAUCAUUGUGAUAUUUGUGGUAAAUCAUUCUCUGAAAGUGGUGCCUUGACUAAACACAAACGCACGCAUACGGGAGAAAAGCCAUAUCAUUGUGAAAUCUGUGGUAAAUCAUUCUCUCAAAGGAGUAACUUUACUAAUCAUAAAUGUACACAUACGGGAGAAUAGCCAUAUCAUUGUGAUAUCUGUAGUAAACCAUUUUCUCAAAGUAGUAACUUGACUCAGCAUAAAUAUAUACGUGCAGGAUAAAAGCCAUAUCAAUGUGAUAUCUGUGAUAAAUUCUUUUCUGAAAAUUAUCAUAUACCUAAUUUCAGAUACAUUCACAUGAGGGAAAAACCAUAUCGCUGUGAUAUCUGUGAUAAAUCAUUCUCUUCAAAUUGUGAAUUAACUAGUAACAAACAUAUUCAUGCUGGAGAGAAGCCAUUAUCAUUGUGACACCUGAGGUAAAUCAUUCUCUUGCGAAUGUACAUUUUCAUACCACACAAAAUCUACAUCAUGGUCAAAUCUAUUGUAAAUCAUUCUCUCAUAGACUUUACUGUAAAUGAAUAGAUACCUACAGGAGAGAAGCCAGGUCAGAGCGACAUCUGUGCUAAACCAUUCUCUUGAAAAAAGCUACAUCCAUCCACCUGGGUAUUCACAACAAUUGUAACUGUACCAAUGCCAGGAUUUAUUAAAACAUUACAACAAUGAAGUCUGUAUUGUCAGCUGUCAUUCAGGGUUUUUCCCAUCAUCAA